GUUGCCUCUUCCUCCUCCUGUCCGGGGCCCGCCCGCGCUCGGGUGGGGGUGCUGUGAUGCGUGAGGCAGCCGGGGGAGGCCCGGAGUCCGAGACCGCUUGAGCGCUGCGCAUACCCCUCUCGUGGGCCCCCCACCUGAUAGGAAGAUGUCUUCAGGAAAUGCUAAAAUUGGGCACCCUGCCCCCAACUUCAAAGCCACAGCUGUUAUGCCAGAUGGUCAGUUUAAAGAUAUCAGCCUGUCUGACUACAAAGGAAAAUAUGUUGUGUUCUUCUUUUACCCUCUUGACUUCACCUUUGUGUGCCCUACGGAGAUCAUUGCUUUCAGUGAUAGGGCAGAAGAAUUUAAGAAACUCAACUGCCAAGUGAUUGGUGCUUCUGUGGAUUCUCACUUCUGUCAUCUAGCAUGGGUCAAUACACCUAAGAAACAAGGAGGACUGGGACCCAUGAACAUUCCUUUGGUAUCAGACCCGAAGCGCACCAUUGCUCAGGAUUAUGGGGUCUUAAAGGCUGACGAAGGCAUCUCGUUCAGGGGCCUUUUUAUCAUUGAUGAUAAGGGUAUUCUUCGGCAGAUCACUGUAAAUGACCUCCCUGUUGGCCGCUCUGUGGAUGAGACUUUGAGACUAGUUCAGGCCUUCCAGUUCACUGACAAACAUGGGGAAGUGUGCCCAGCUGGCUGGAAACCUGGCAGUGAUACCAUCAAGCCUGAUGUCCAAAAGAGCAAAGAAUAUUUCUCCAAGCAGAAGUGAGCGCUGGGCUGUUAUAGUGCCAGGCUGCGGUGGGCAGCCAUGAGAACAAAACCUCUUCUGUAUUUUUUUUUUUCCAUUAGUAAAACACAAGACUUCAGAUUCAGCCGAAUUGUGGUGUCUUACAAGGCAGGCCUUUUCUACAGGGGGUGGAGAGACCAGCCUUUCUUCCUUUGGUAGGAAUGGCCUGAGUUGGCGUUGUGGGCAGGCUACUGGUUUGUAUGAUGUAUUAGUAGAGCAACCCAUUAAUCUUUUGUAGUUUGUAUUAAACUUGAACUGAGA